GUUUAACGCUUUACCAUAUCAUAAUGCGAUUAUAAAUAGGUCGUCGAAUGAAGAUAAGAUAAGAGGUUAAGAUAAAGUUGAAGGUUGGAGGAUUAAAUAGAUAUAAACGUCAAGUUAUGUCAGAAAAAAGACUACAAGAGUUUUUAGAAACAGUCAGAUCUGACUUAGAUAGAACAGUGAACUUCUGGGUUAAACAUUCACAUGACACUGUAAAUGGUGGAUUUUUUAAUUGUAUUGACAAAGAUGGGAAAAUAUAUGAUGAGACGAAACACGUAUGGCUUCAAGCACGACAGGUGUGGAUGUACGCCAGAUUAUACAAAGAGAUGAAACGGUUUCAAAAACCAGAAAUUCUUGAAGCAGCUAUCAAAGGCGCAGAAUUUCUACAAAAGUUUGCUAGAAACCCUGAAACAUAUAGAUGUUACUUUUCUCUGACUAAAGAAGGGAAACCUGUAAAAAUACAACGAACAAUAUUCUCGGAAUGCUUUUACUUAAUGGCCAUGUCUGAGCUAGGAAUAGUUACUGGGAAACAAAGUUAUAAGAAAGAAGCCUUAACGAUGAUGGACAAAAUUAUACAUUGGGUGAUGGAAGACGACACAGAAAUAGGACGACAAUCACUAGAGGGCGCUCCACCACACAGUUCUCUUGCUGUCCCCAUGAUGAUGUUGGGCAUAAUCAGUCAGAUAGAAACCAUGGACAACUCUCUGUCAAACAACUACAGUAAAGCAACAGAUUGGGCUGUUGCAGAAGUGUUUAAACAUGUCAAGCGAAAUGGAAAUGCUGUACUGGAGAAUGUUGGUUUGGACGGCAGUGAACUCGAGGGGAGUGGUGGCAGACUUAUGACCCCUGGUCACGCCAUUGAAGCAGGCUGGUUCCUUCUUGAUCUAGCUAGUAGAACAAAUAAAACAGAACUAGCAGAGACAGCAAUACAGACUUUUAUGAUCAACCCCUAUAACUAUGGCUGGGACAAGCAGUAUGGUGGGCUAUAUUAUUUUCUAGAUGUCGAUGGAUGGUCACCGGCACAGUUGGAAUGGGAUUUGAAAUUAUGGUGGCCACAUAAUGAAGCAAUGAUUUCAUUUCUUAUGGCAUAUAAACAUACUAAAAACGUCAAACAUUUGGACAUUUUUGCUCAAAUAUUUGAUUAUAGCUAUUCUCAUUUUGUUGACAAAGAACAAGGAGAGUGGUAUGGUUAUUUAGACAGAGAAGGAAAAGUCAAAAUUAGAUCUAAAGGUGGUGUAUGGAAAGGCUGUUUCCAUGUUCCAAGAGCGCUAAUGAUGUGUGAACAAAUGUUAGAAGCAAUGACCAAGUAAAAUAAGAACAAGGGAGUUUUGAAACACCGGAAGAUGUUAGCAUCAUUUAAUAGAUUAAAACAUUUUAAACCUUUAAUGUAAUUUGCAAAUAAAAGGAGUGGAGAUGAUAUGUUA